GCGUCUUCUCGCGAGAGUCAAACGGCGCUGCCCGAAUCCAGCUGGUACGGCUAAAAGAGCUCUGUAGCAGUGAGUUGAGGUCUGACCAGCCAGCCAGUCACCAGUCAACCAGCCAGCCAGCCACCAGCCAGUCAGUCACCAUGGGGAACAUCUUUGGCAACCUGCUGAAGAGCCUGUUAGGGAAGAAGGAGAUGAGGAUCCUGAUGGUGGGGCUGGACGCUGCAGGGAAGACCACCAUCCUAUACAAACUGAAGCUGGGAGAGAUAGUCACCACCAUCCCCACUAUCGGGUUUAACGUGGAGACGGUUGAGUAUAAGAACAUCAGCUUCACGGUGUGGGACGUGGGUGGUCAGGACAAGAUCAGGCCUCUGUGGAGACACUACUUCCAGAACACACAGGGUCUGAUCUUCGUGGUGGACAGUAAUGAUCGUGAGCGGGUGAACGAGGCUCGAGAGGAGCUGAUGAGGAUGCUGGCUGAGGACGAGCUACGAGACGCCGUGCUUCUUAUCUUCGCUAACAAACAGGACCUGCCCAAUGCCAUGAACGCAGCAGAGAUCACAGACAAGCUGGGGCUCCACUCCCUCCGUCACCGAAACUGGUACAUCCAGGCCACCUGCGCCACCAGCGGAGACGGCCUAUACGAGGGCCUUGACUGGCUGGCCAAUCAGCUGAAGAACAAGAAGUGAGUGGACCAAUCAGAGGAGAGUGAGGAGAAACCUUAGUGUCAGCUCUUGAAUCAAAAAGUGGUAGUUGGUUUUAGUUGAUCCAUUAAGUGAAAGAUCCUGACAUGGUGGUAGUGAAAUAUGAUUGGUGUGUAGGAAGGGGACUUAGAGAGAAUAUCCCUAUUGCUUGAGGAUUCCUAUCCCCAUUCCUUGAGGACAUUUUCAGCCUGUUGUCAACUAAAUGGUUAGCACUGCCCAAACACGGGCCAUCAAUGUCAAUACAUUAACCUUAAUAAUAACCUUUAAAAAGUAUUAAGCAACACCAUUUAUUUAUUAAUUUAGUUGUUAUUUAUUUAUGUAUUUAUUUCAGAAUGGACAAUGGCAAUGUUAGUUUGGUUUGGAACACAGUAUUAUGCAUGGCCAUAUAGUAAAUGAACUCUUUGAAAUGAAGUUUGAAAUUGUAUCUGUCUAAUGUUGUCUAUUUAGCCAGUGUCUUCUGACAGUAUUCUCCUUUUACACUAAAAUUGCUACUGCUGGUUGGAGUAACGCAGUAAUGGUAGAUAUUAAUUGAGAGUGACAUAGGUUUGUGUAAAACACAUCCAAUAUGCAAAAGCAUGCUUUUUUCUAUGUCAACUGUAUAUUUACACAUUUUGCUUAACAAGUACAAACAUAUACCUGUAAGAAUAUAUCUGAAAUAUACCUGAAAGUAAUCAUUGUGGUUGAUAUGUUCAAUUGUAGAUAUCAGGAUUCGUGUAUGGACUGAUGUGUAUAGAUGUGUGAAUAUAACAUUACAGCUUGUAUAUUACAUUUCCUACAUUGAGUUUG